AUGGAUGAAGACUCCCUCAACAACAGCCCUAGUAUACUAGCGCCUGAAUCACCUGACAGUCCCAGCCUUCUGCUGUCUCCAAUACUACCAUCAUGGUCUAGAAAUGAGAAUCGGCCUAAUAAUCUUGUAGAUGAUGCAAAUGAAGAUCAAAACACAAAUAACAUAAGUUCUAGUAUUCCUAUUGCAGUAGAAAUAUGGAGGCCAAAUCUUGCUAUGGAUAAUAGCAAUAUUGUACAACCACAUUCAUCACAAUCAGAUGGAGAAAUCAGUAAUCCAGGAACUUUUCUAAGAAAUACUGUACAAAGCUUGAAUAUUCAACCCUGGACACCUGUGAUAUAUGAUGAUGAUUCUAACCAAUCUCAGUCAAUGCAAUCUGAGUCUGUUCCUAUACAUGAAGAGUCAAAUAGUGCAGCUUCUUUUGCUGAUAUUAGAAAAGAACAUGAAGAACCUCCAGCCAAAGUACGAAAGCUUAGUUCUCCAAAACGAGUUGCGGAUGAAGGUGAUGGAGAAACUUGCCCCAUUUGCUUGGACUCAUGGGGGAAUUCUGGAGAACAUAGACUGGUUUCUCUAAAGUGUGGUCAUUUAUUCGGCGCUCAUUGUGUCGAGAGAUGGUUGAAAGCACAAACUAGCAAAGAUCGAUCAUGUCCAACAUGCAAGAGUAAAGCUAAUUUAAAAGAUAUUAGGUUCAUUUAUGCUAGAAAACUUGUUGCAGCGGAUACUUCCCAAUUAACAGCUUUACAAAAACAGAUAGAUAUAUUACAAGCAGAAAAAACUCGAACAGAAUUAGAGCUCCAAAAUUCAAGGAUAGCGCAUCGAACUUGUGUCCUACAGUUGGAAGUGCUAAGAAAUACAUUAAUGAAAAAUCAGGUUUCGAAGGACCAACAACCGAAACGUUUGUGGCGUUUUGCUUUAGAAAAAAAUUUAGAAAUUAGCAAAGAUGGCGGCUGUAGAGUUUUAACGUACAAUUGUCGAACUUACGAAUUUUAUGUUUCCCAAAAGAGUACAAAUAAUUUAUUCCAUGGUUUCGGUAUUAGGAAAGUUAGCUCCAUCGAUUAUAAAUUAGGCCAGUUUGUGCUUUUGCAUUCGAAACCGAUUCGUGAUAUAACAUAUUCUCAACCCCGAGACUUGUUGUUGAGUGUAGGACUUGACAGUACCGCUCGAAUUGUUGAAAGGGGAAUACCCAAUACCCCUAUACAAUGUGGUGUACCUCUUUGGUCGUGUUCUUGGGACUAUUUACGAAGUAAUGAAUUCUAUGUAGGCGGUGUGGGCGGUGUGAUUCAUCAAUAUGAUGUAAGAAAUUCUAGCUCAUAUAUUCAAAGAUUAAAUGCUCCGGGAGAUAUGUCACCAGUAGUUUCACUCUGUUCGACAGAAUAUGGGUUACUGUCUUGCCAGUUAAAUUCUUGCUGGCUUUGGGUGGGUAACAAUCGGCAGUGGGAGCCUAGAGCGUUACCUGUUGAUGGGCCUUUUAUGUCCUUAUGCUAUGACAAUGAGUCUCAUAGAGCUCUGUUAUCUUCUAGAGGCAGCAGCAAUGAAAGAUCUCGUUUGACGUUAUGCAAACUGAAAAGCAAUGUGUCAAGCGGAGAAACUUUAUUUGAUAUAGAACAGACAUUCCCUGGUUCAGCUCGGUCUACUCUCAUGUCUCGGAGUACAUGGGUAAAGACAGUAGGAGCCUCCUGGAUUGCUUCUCAUUCAGAGAGUGAAUCCUCCUUGUACCUUCAUGGCCUGGAUGGUGGGAGGACGAUAUCCCUGCCCGCUGCCGAGCCAGCGUUGGAUGUGUGUUGUGCGCAAAGAACAGGAGAUACAAUAUUAGCGGCUCUCUCUGAAUCUAGACUUAGGCUGUACAAGGCUGUGCCUACAAAUUCC